GAGAUAAUCCCACGCCGGCUCUCAGCCUAGAGUCCGCGGCUCCCAUUGGCUGAUGCCCCGCAGGCCCCCCUGGCAAUCGAUCCCAGCCCAGCCCAAUAUGCCCCUCGUCUUGAGAACUGAUAGCGGUCGCAAGUGCGGGGCAUCAAAAAAGCAGCCGGCGUGGCUGUCCUCUAUCUCUGAAAUUUUGACUCACUUGUUAUCGGGAGCUAGGAACUGCCGUUCACGACAGAACCCUCGGUCGACUUGGCCCCCAUCCUUCGAAUCUACACCUUCCCAGACAACCACGACCAUGGAGGACGCAAAGGAACAGUCCAAGAGCGCGCAGAAGAAGGCCGAGAAGCAGGCCAAGGCAGCUGCUGCGAAGGCAGAGAAGGCCGCGAAGCAGGCGUCGCUUCCUGUUGUCGGCGGAAAGAAGUCGGACGAGAUCAUUGGCAUCACGGUCUCCAAGGCGGAGAACUUCCCGCAAUGGUACCAGGAGGUCGUGCUCAAGGCCGAAAUGAUCGAGUACUACACUGAGAUCUCGGGUUUCUUCAUCAUGCGCCCGGCCACCAUGUACAUCUGGAACACGAUCCGGAAGUGGUUCCAGGAGCGGAUCGAGGCGAUGGGUGUCGACGAGACCAGCUUCCCGAUGUUCCUGUCGCAAAAGUCGCUCGAGAAGGAGAAGGAUCACGUCGAGGGCUUCGCUCCGGAGCUCGCAUGGGUGACAAAGGCUGGUGAUAAGGACCUUGAUGUCCCUGUCGCGGUUCGCCCGACUUCUGAAGCCGUCAUGUACCCUUACUACUCCAAGUGGAUUCGCAGCCAUCGUGACCUUCCGUUCCGCCUCAACCAGUGGAACUCGGUCGUCCGUUGGGAAGCCAAGCAGACCACUCCAUUCCUCCGAGCCAGGGAGUUCCUCUGGCAAGAAGGCCACACCGCCCACCUCACCGAGAAGCAAGCCGGAGAGGAGGUUCUUCAGAUCCUCGAGCUGUAUGCCGGAAUUUACGAACAGCUGCUCGCCGUUCCGGUCGUGCGCGGGAGGAAGACGGAAGCCGAGAAGUUUGCCGGCGGUUAUUACACGACGACGGUGGAGGGCUAUAUCCCGUCCAACGGGCGGGGCAUCCAGGGCGCGACGUCCCACUGUCUCGGACAGAACUUCUCCAAGAUGUUCGACAUCACGGUCGAGGAUCCUAACGAGAAGGGCAAACAUAUCCACGUCUGGCAGAACUCGUGGGGUCUCUCGACCCGCGUCAUCGGUGUGAUGGUCAUGAUCCACGGCGACGACAAGGGCCUCGUCCUCCCCCCUCGCAUUGCCAAGAUCCAGUCCAUCCUCAUCCCUGUGGGCCUCACGGCUAAGAUGUCUGCCGAGGACAAAGAGAAGCACCUCAAGCACCUCGAUGAGAUCUAUCAGACCCUUAAGAAGGCGGGCGUCCGCGCCGAGGUCGACCUCCGCGAUGGCUACACCCCUGCCUGGAAGUUCAACGACUGGGAACUCAAGGGUGUGCCGCUGCGUAUCGAAUUCGGCCCCAAGGACGCGGCCAAGGAUGUUGUCAGCUACGCGCGCCGCGAUACGGGCGAGAAGGGCACCAUCCCGAUCGCCGAGCUCACGACCAAGGUUCCCGAGAUGCUCGAGACGAUCCAGCAGGAUAUGUACAACAGGGCGGAGGCAGCGUACCGCGAGCACCGGCUGAAGAUCACAAAGUGGGAGGAAGUCGUUCCCGCGCUCGACGCCAAGAACGUCGUUAUCAUCCCUCACUGCCUGGUUCCCGAGUGUGAGGAAAAGAUCAAGGAGCUGACGGCCGGUCGGUCGGAUGACGCGGCCGAGAACGUCCCCGAAGGCCAGAAAGCUCCCUCGAUGGGGAUGAAGUCGCUGUGCAUUCCGUUUGAGCAGCCCGAGGGCCUGGUCAAGGGCGAGACCAAGUGCUUGAACCCGGAGUGCGGCAGGCUGGCUGAGCAGUGGUGCAUGUUCGGGCGGAGCUACUAGGCAUCUAGGAAUUGUUAAAAAGUAAAAAAAGAAGAACGAACUACUACUGAAAGCACCCCAACUCUCUUGUCAUCUGCAGCGGAGCCGAGUGCGGUUCCUCAUUCGGGAUGGGAUCAUUCCAUGACUGACUGGCGGUUACCCCCGGGCGCGACGGACGGCGGAAUGCCUUUGAUCAAUAGCUUCAUGCUUGUUGUGUAUAGACACCUCUCUG